AUUUACCAAAUAGAGCAAGCAUAGUCUACGACUCUACGUAAUCUGAAUGAAGAAGUACAAACAUUCAUUCAUUAUUAUUAUACUAAUAAGAAGAAAAAUCCAAAUGCAUAUAUGCUAAAAACCCUCAUGCCAAACUGUCUAUAUAUUUGACUUGAGACUUUAGACAAAUUUAUAUGUUCACAAUAUGGCUCUAGAGAUUGAAAGCACAAGAGAGGAGGUAGGAGCAUCAAAAAAGAUGAAUGGAGGAGAAGAGAAGGGAGUUUGUUUAACUUGGAAGGAUUUAUGGGUGACUGUUUCUGCUUCAACAGGAAAAACCAAUGAAAGCAAAUCAAUUCUUCAGGGUCUAACUGGUUAUGCAAAACCAGCUCAGCUUUUGGCUAUUAUGGGUCCUUCUGGUUGUGGAAAAUCUACACUUCUUGAUGCUUUAGCAGGGAGAUUAGGUUCAAACACAAGACAAUCAGGGGAUAUUUUGAUCAAUGGCAACAAACAAGCAUUGGCUUAUGGAACCUCGGCAUAUGUGACACAAGAUGAUACUCUAUUAACAACCUUAACCGUUAAAGAAGCAGUGUACUAUUCAGCUCAACUUCAAUUACCUGACACAAUGUCUAAUGAAGAGAAAAAAGAAAGAGCUGAUUUUACAAUAAGAGAAAUGGGUCUGCAAGAUGCAAUCAACACAAGAAUAGGAGGGUGGGGUGUUAAAGGAAUAAGUGGGGGUCAAAAAAGGAGAGUUAGCAUUUCCAUUGAGAUUCUUACACGUCCAAGACUUCUAUUUCUUGAUGAACCAACUAGUGGACUUGAUAGUGCUGCUUCUUACUAUGUUAUGAAAAGAAUAGCUUCCUUGGACAAAAAGGAUGGAAUUCAAAGGACCAUUGUUGCCUCAAUCCAUCAACCAAGUACUGAAGUUUUUCAACUUUUCCAUAAUCUUUGUCUUUUGUCUUCUGGUAAAACAGUUUACUUUGGACCUGCUUCUGCUGCAUCUGAGUUUUUUGCUUCAAAUGGUUUUCCUUGUCCUCCCCUACAAAAUCCAUCCGAUCAUUUACUUAAAACUAUAAACAAGGAUUUUGAUCAGGAUAUUGAGAUGGAUUUAUCAGAGACUGGAACAAUUUCCAUAGAACAAGCAAUUGAUAUCCUUGUGAGCUCAUAUUCUUCAUCCGAAAGAAACCAAGAAAUUAAAAAUGAAGUAUCAGUAUUGUCUAUAGUAUUGUCUUUAAAGGAUAAUAAUUCAACAUACAAGAAAAAACAUGCUGGCUUCCUCAAUCAGUGCUUAGUUCUUACCAGAAGAUCUUUUGUGAACAUGUUUCGUGAUCUUGGCUAUUAUUGGUUACGCCUUGGCAUAUAUAUUGCAUUGGCUAUAAGUUUAGCCACUGUCUUUAAUGAUUUGGAUAAAAGUAAUGGCUCAAUUCAGGAUAGAGGUUCACUUCUUAUGUUUGUGUUUUCAUUCCUAACUUUCAUGACCAUUGGUGGAUUCCCUUCUUAUGUGGAGGAUAUGAAGGUAUUUGAACGUGAAAGACUAAAUGGACACUAUGGUGUUACUGCAUAUGUAAUUGGAAACACACUUUCAGCUAUUCCAUAUUUGUUGAUGAUUUCCCUCAUUCCUGGAGCUAUAGCAUAUUACCCUCCAGGUCUUCAAAAAGGAUUUGAGCACUUCAUAUAUUUUAUCUGUGCUCUAUUUUCUUGUCUAAUGUUAGUGGAGAGUCUUAUGAUGAUAGUUGCAAGCAUUGUUCCUGAUUUUCUAAUGGGAAUUAUAACUGGUGCUGGAAUUCAAGGAAUCAUGAUGUUGGCUGGUGGAUUCUUUAGAUUGCCAAAUGAUCUUCCUAAUCCAUUUUGGAGAUACCCUAUGUUCUAUAUUUCCUUUCAUAGGUAUGCUUUUCAAGGAUCCUAUAAAAAUGAGUUUGAAGGACUAAAAUUUGAAAGAGAUGAAAUUGGUGGAUCACUCAAUUACAUUAGUGGUGAAGAGAUUCUAAGAAAUAAAUUUCAUGUAGAUAUGAGUUACUCAAAGUGGGUUGAUCUUGGAGUAUUGUUGGGUAUGAUUGUUCUAUAUCGAGUUGUGUUUUUGAUUAUUAUCAAAACUACUGAGAAGCUUAAACCUAUUGUUAUGUCAUUUAUGUCGGUGUCUCCUAGGCAAACAAGACAAAUCUUGGAGAAUCCUACUGCCACUCCUUUACAUGUAGAAGUUGUAUAAUUAGUGCAUUCAAUUUUGUUUUUUGGACAUGUCUUGUGUCUUCCAAAACAUUAAUUUUUAUAUGGUUUCUUAUAUUUUACA